AAUACUACAUUACUCCUUACAACUUAGCAAGCAAACAAGCACCCACCACCCCUCUUCCACUAGACCAACAAGCCGUAUCGAUACUAGGCCUAAAUACCAAAACAAAUAAAACAUACACAUCAGUAAUAAAACAAUACGAAGCACUAGCGAAUGCGAAUAGAUGGACCAACACACAAGGCAGCCUCUGA